AUGGCAUAUUCAAGUCCUAAGGAGCAAUUUCAGGAGAUCUGGACAGCGGCGAUCACGAGAUACAAUCAGGACACCAAGCGCGACUAUCUUGAACGCGGGCUUGAGGCAGAUUCCCCCGAUGCUCUUUUUAGAAUCCUCGACAAGGAGCUGAACUUAUUCAAGGAGUAUCUGAAGAGGGGACACAGAGCCCGAAAUGCGAUUCUGUCAGUUCUGGAAUCGGUGGACAUAUCCGCAGAUGCGAUAGGAGACAGUCUUGCGACGGUGAGCACCGCGUCCUCCCGCAGCUGCUCGUAG